CGCCUACAAAAGUGGGCGGGGCCGCAACGACCACGCCCGUCGAGGGGGCGUGGAAACCCGCCGUGCUUUUUCCCGCCUCGCGUCGCCAUGGAUCAGCAAUGGCGCGCCAACUUCAAGCGGGUGAGGGGCGAGCGGCCGCCUCCCUCAAAACACCUCGCAACGGUUGGGAAGCUGCUGGCGAUGCACUUCAAGGAUGAAAAGACCAAAGUGAACGCGGACGCCCUGAAGCUCAUGACCAGCCUCCUCCGCCUGUUUGUCACCGAGGCGGCCAUGCGAGCGGGCAGGCAGGCAGAGAGCGAGGCGGUGGACGUGGUGGACGUGGCACACCUGGAGAAGGUGCUGCCUCAGUUGCUCCUGGACUUUUGACCGUGGUGGACCGAGCCAUCGGACCCAAGUGGAACAUUUUUGUUGUUACGAAUAAACUUAAGCUGUGAAGCGA